AUGGCGUGUAAAUUUAUUAUUCUUAAUUUAUUGUCGCUUGUAGCUUGGUGCGACGCUCAAGCAAGAGCUCAGAAAUAUGUAGUACCACCGGCAAAAUUAGAAGCUAUUCAUCCUCAAGGACUCAGAGUAUCUAUACCAGACGAUGGCUUCUCUUUGUUCGCUUUCCACGGCAAACUUAAUGAGGAAAUGAAUGGCCUAGAAGCAGGACACUGGUCAAGGGACAUUACUAAAGCCAAGAACAAUAGAUGGAUAUUUAGUGAUAAGAAUGCUAAGCUGAAGCUUGGUGACACUAUUUAUUUCUGGACUUACGUUAUUAAAGAUGGCUUGGGCUACAGACAGGACAAUGGAGAAUGGACGGUGACAGAGUUCGUUAACGAAGAUGGAACCCCAGUGAGUGGUUUGCCAACCUUGGCACCAACAAUGUCAACAGGUGGUACUACGGCUCAUUCCGAGCCGCCUCCACGACCGACGAGCACAACACAGCCGCCUUGUCAAGUAUCUCAAACCGCAGUGCUUGGUCAUACUAAUAUUUGCAAAGGGGCACUUAUUUUCAACGAGGAAUUUGAUAAAAACAGUAUCAAGGAAUUAGAUAACUGGGAUCCCGAAGUCAAAUUCCCUCAGGAACCGGACUAUCCAUUCAAUUUGUACAUGGUGGAUGGCGCCCUUCAUCUUGAAAACGGAAUUUUCUCCAUCACUCCACUGCUAUUAGAAUCGAAAUAUCACGAAGGCUUCCUCAAUGAACAGUUAGAUUUGACUAACACAUGUACCGGCCAGAUUGGUACUAGAGAGUGUCAACAAGUCACGUCUGGAGCUCAGAUCCUACCACCGGUCAUCACUGGAAAGAUAACAACGAGGAGUAAAUUCAACUUUAAGUUCGGCAGGGUGGAAAUCCGUGCAAAGUUACCCGGUGGAAGUUGGUUGCUACCAGAAAUAAUUUUGGAGCCACGCGACAACGUCUACGGCAAUCGGCGCUAUGAAUCUGGACUAAUACGAGUCGCCUUUGCUAAAGGAAACCCUAUUUACGCAAAGAAGCUGUACGGUGGUCCGGUACUGUCUGAUACGGAGCCGUACCGCUCGUUCUUGAUGAAGGAGAAAAUCGGAAUUGACAAUUGGUAUAAGGACUUCCACAAUUACAGUAUGGUGUGGAAACCAGAUGGAUUGGAGUUCUAUGUCGAUGGGGAGUUGUAUGGUACUGUAGAUCCUGGAGAAGGAUUCUAUGCCACCGCGAGACAAAACGCAGUUCCUCACGCUAUGCAUUGGGUCAAAGGAACCGUGAUGGCACCUCUUGAUGAAAUGUUUUACGUGUCCCUUGGCCUACGUGUCGGCGGCAUUCACGACUUUGCGGACAGCCCAGAGAAACCCUGGAAGAACAGGAACAAUAAGGCGACCAUAAGCUUCUGGAAUUCUAAGGACAGCUGGUUCCCAACCUGGUACGACCCUGACAUGAAAGUGGACUAUGUUAGAAUUUACGCCUUAUAA